AAAAACUGUUUGGUGCUGCCUAGGAAAUUUAUAUAUAACGACCUUCCCCUCGCAUACGAAAACAGCAGUUCGAAGAGGAGUGAUGUGCAACGGACGUUAUUAACUGUGUUCUUCGUUAACGUUAACGAAUUACGUUCUACGUUAAAUUCUGUUAAAAAGUGUCGUUCAUUUUUUGUUGCUAAACACAUUAAAACUAUCCCAUAAUGUCAUUUUCAAAAGCUAGAAUUCAAAGAUUUAAUGAAUUCGAAAAUGACGUACCUCCACCAGGGGCAUAUGAUCCGAAGUUUGAUAGCAAGGUGAAAGGUCUUGUUAUUGAAAAAUCAGAAAGAUUUUAUGACGGCAAAAGUGUUGCUAGUGCAGAGAGCAAUGUAACAAUAUGCAGUAAACAUGCAAAUAAUGUUGCAGCCAGUUUUAGAACACCACAAUUACCACGGAAACAAAAUCUAGAGCAAACAAGAUCAAGUUCGAAACUAAAACCACGUGCACUUAUUGUUUCUAAUGACCAAAAAUUAAAAUACAAUACCCAGCAUCACCUUGCUGAUCUGCAAGUAGAAUGUUUCAACAAAGACAAGACGAUAGAGGAACUGAAGAAACACAUCGAAGACAUGAAGGAGGAAGUGCGAAAAUUGGAAUUGCAACUCGAAGAAUUACGCAAGAAACAAACAGACGUGGAAGAGCAACACCGAAAGGACAUAGAAACAAUGGCUACAAUGCAACAAGAGAUCUUAAACGAUUACGACGAGAAGCAUCAAAUAGAAGUGAAACAUCUUCGUUGUCAGCUUUCAGAAGUCUUGGAAGAGAAAGAACGCGAAAUUCAAGCAAGAAAAACUAUAGAAGGUGACCUUAGAAAUCGUAUCGCGGAUUUCUCGAAAAGAAUAGUUGCAUUAGAAUCUGAAUUAAUAGACAAAAGGCAUACAAACAUUGACAGAGUUCAACUUCUCGAAAUACAAAUCGAAGAACAAAGGACAAGAUUAGAAGAUAUAACAAUAAGUCACAAACAUGAAGUUGAUUUAUUGGAGCAGGAGAAGUCUAAACUCAAUUCGUAUGUUGAUAAUUUAACGGAUGAACGUGAUAAAUUGGAGCUAAAAUUGCAAAAGCGACAAGAUGUAAUUCUCGAACUACAAGGUCAAUUAUCCACUAUUCAAUGUGAAUUGGACGAACUGAAAGCUGAAUAUGAAAAAGUUAUUGAAAAUUCUUCAAAGCAAAUAGACGAUCUUAAAUAUAAAUAUGAAAAAGAAACUGAUCAAUUGAAGCUCUCUUUUGAAAAAGAGAAGACGAUUCUUGUCAAUGAAAACCAAUUUGAAAUAUCGCGCAGGAUAGAAAUUGAAGCUAAAAUGAAAGAUAUUGACCAGCAAAAUAAUUUUCUUACGGAAGAACUGGAAAAUGUUCAAAAACUUUUCAAAGAUGUUAGUAGUCGUUUGCGCAAAGCACAUCAAGAAUUAGAGGAAUCAGAGAGGAAACAUGUCCUUGUUUUGAAGAAACACCAGGAGGAAUUGGCUGAUGUAAUGAAACUUCACGACGAAGAAAAAUAUGAACUGGAGCAACAAUUGGAGAGUGCAAGAAUGGAUUAUAUAAAAGAAAUAGAAAAUCUAACGAUAGCGAGAGACAAAGAAAUAACAGAAGUAAAAGAAACGGUGACUAAAAAGAGCGAAGAAGAAAUCAAACGAGUUAAACAGUAUGCCGAUAAAAUAGUAGCAAAUGCAGAGGCUGUUACUAGAGAAACAUUAGCAGCUUGCCGUACCGAAUGCGAAGAAAGAGUAAAAAGAGUGAUUGCUGAUAGUGACGCGAAAAUAAACGCUAUGAUCAGAGAGGCAAAGGUUACCGUGGAGGAAGAAAUGCGACUCACCGCGGAAAGGUAUAAAGCAUGUUUAGCGCACGUAGAAAUGGAACGAGCGGCGUUAGAUGAAAAACUAGCGCACAAAGAUGCCGAAAUUAAUAGACUUUCUGCGACUCUUAAAGAAUUAAAGAACUCGGCAGAAACUCAGGAAAGUUUUAGCCAGAGUUUACAAUUAGAAUUGGAUAGAGCAGAAACAGAAUUGGCAGAAAAGAAAGAGGAAUUGCGAGCUCUGAAAGAUCAAAUUAGAACCGAGGCAGCAGAAAUGGUGGCUCGACGAAAGAGGUUCGAAGUUGUAAUGGCUGAAAAUCAAGCCUCAGUUGCUGCCUUAACCAAACGUCUGGCCCAAAGUAAUGCUGAAGUGGAAAGGUUACAGCAUGAAUUGAAACGAGGUGAAGAUUGUAUCGACGAGCAUCGUGAUUUACUGAGUAUUAUGCGCAACAAUUCCAAAAUAGUACAUGAACAAGUGCGCGUUUUGAUGGAAGAAUUGGACAUUAAAAAGGGAUUGGUUGAUCAACUUGAAGCUGAAAGUAUAAGCGAAAUGGAAUCAUUAAAAUCUGUAUUCGAGGCUAAGAUUGGUGAUUUCAAGAACAUAGCAGCCAAAAAAGUUGCGAAAUUACAAGCCGAAAAUGAUGUAAAGACUGCUCAAAAUGUUGAGAUGAAAAACCAACUUCAAGAAAUGGCUAAUCAUCUCGCCGAAGCACAAAAUAUGCUGCUUAAAUUGGAAGAGAGAAACGAUGCUCAAGAACUUGAAAUUUCUCGGGUGGCAAUGCUAAACGACAAGCUUAACGCACAGUUGAAAGAACAUGAAACAACGAUAGAAGACUUGAAUAAAUUGCUAGAACAUCAAUCGCAAGCUCAUAAAGUUAGCUUAAACGAAAAAAAUGUUGAAUUAUUUGAAGAAGAACGAAAGAACCGGGAAAGUUUUGAAAAAGAACUUAUGGAAAAGCUCGAGGAAGAAAAAGCUCGUAGAGAAGCCGCCGAAGAGGAAAUGGAAAAGCUUUCCAAAUAUAACGAGCAACUUUUAAAAGAUUAUCAAGAGAUUCAUGAAAAAUAUGCUGAAGUUGUUGGUCAUCAUAAUCACAGGCAAAGAAUUAAGCAUGUGUCUCAGCUUAAAGAUAAAAUCAAUCAACUGGAACAGGAUUUGUAUGCGAAAACGAGGACAAUAGAACAGCUACAAAAAGUUACAGAAAAAAUGAAAGCUGAAGAGAAGCGCGCGCACUGUAAAGGAAAAGAAAAUAUAUCAGGAGUGUCGCAGAGUUUUACAACACCUGUUCCUUCUCCACAUAAACCAUUAACGCCAUUAAAAAAUCGAAAUUAAUCUCGAUAUAUCAUUAAAAUAUUACUCGUUCACGGUUUCCUUAAACGCCAGUUUCAUAAAUGUCAUAAUUGUUAUAUUACUGUAAUCCUUGCGGUUAUUAUAAAUGCGAGUUGAUAAUAAUUUAAUUCGUACACUAAAAACUCACGCACUAAACUCUCCAUGCACACACAUGAUUGUAUUAGAAUUAUUUAUCGAUGCAAUAAUUAUUAAUUUGCAUUUAUGA